UUUUUAAAAAGACAAGCCUGGUCUGAACCGGACCAGUCUGCACGGAAACCUUCUCCAGGAGAGAAAGUAUCGGAAUCGGUCUCUAAAGGGAAAAAGUUCAGAUUUUGUGCAAAGACUCAGAGAGGACACAACUCAGGACACAUUUAAAUACACCACAACCUGGUCACAUUGUUUAUGUUUUGACUAAUUUUAGUGAAAUUGCAAAAGGACAGAACAUUAAGCUAUAGCAUUUGAAUAUCAGAAUUUUAUUUCAGCUCACUUUGGAUGCGGACUCUCGUUUUAGCUGUAAAAUCGGAUUAUCCUGCACUGGGCAUUGUAUCUCAGUACACUUUUUUAUUUGGGGGUCCAUCAUUGGCGAGGCAAAUAUGUUUCUCAGUUUUUGUCUUCUGGUGACCUUUUUCUUGGGGCUGUCCGGGUGCUUGGGCUCUUUCGUACCCUGCGAGCCGUGCGACCCAAAGGCUCUCUCGAUGUGUCCCCCGGUCCCCGUUGGCUGUCAGCUCGUGAAAGAACCGGGCUGCGGUUGCUGCCUAACCUGCGCCCUGUCAGAGGGUCAAGCUUGCGGCGUUUACACCGGCACGUGCACCCACGGCUUGCGCUGCUUGCCACGGGAUGGGGAGGAGAAGCCCCUUCACGCCCUCCUGCACGGUAGAGGAGUGUGCACGAACGAGAAAGGAUACAAACCGGCCCAUCCGCCCAUAGAUCGCGAGUCCCAGGAACAUGAGGACGCCAUGACCCCAGAGACCACAGACGACCAGCUGCCGCUGGCUAAAGUGCCACUCCACCCCAAAGACCUCAUCAACAGUAAAAAGAACCUGGCUGUGCGUAAAGAGCGUAGGAGGACCGAGGCCAAGCUGCGGUCCAUGGGAGGUCAGAUGGACUACUCCCCGCUGCCCAUUGACAAGCACGAGCCAGAGUUUGGUCCCUGCAGGAGGAAGCUGGACGGGAUCAUCCAGGGGAUGAAGGACACCUCUCGUGUCAUGGCUCUGUCUCUUUACCUCCCAAACUGUGACAGGAAGGGCUUCUUCAAGCGCAAACAGUGCAAGCCCUCUCGUGGCAGGAAGCGUGGUAUCUGCUGGUGCGUGGACAAGUAUGGCGUCCAGCUUCCUGGCACCGACUACAGCGGAGGAGACAUCCAGUGCAAAGACCUGGAGAGCGGCAACAACAACAACGAGUGAAGAAGAGACUCCGCCCCCCUGUCCUGACCCCUGACCCAGGGCCCUCCUCCACUCCGCCCCCCUGUCCUGACCCCUGACCCAGGGCCCUUCUCCACUCCUCCCUCCUGUCCGACACACCCUCCAGUCACUUUGAGAAUUUUGUUUUUUCAAAAUGAAAAAAGAGAAAAACAACACCCCCCCACAAAAAAAAACACACACAAAAAACUAAAGGAAAGAACAGGCUGAGAAGAGACAGCUGACAUCUUGUCGUUGUUGACCAAGCACUCGUUUCCAAGGACAGAAACUCUGAUGGUUCCACCCUCCGUCUGUCCUUCAGUCCCCUGAUAAGAGCUGGGUCCCUGCUAGCAAUUCGUCAAAGUAUAUACACAUAUAGAUAUAUUUUUGUAGAAGCUGGAGUUUAAGCACCAAACUUUGUACUAUGUAAAGCUAACAUCAAACCAUGGACGGGAAGUUCAAAAGGCACAGUGAUUACAAGACUUUAACUAUUUAGGUGUUUCCCAUCUAUUGCCAUUGACGUAUACGAGGAGAUAGCUCUUACUUAUACAAGAGGCAGAAUGGUUUGUUUUUUGUUUGUUUAUUUUCCACACACAAAACAACACAACAUAAGACAGGGAUGUUUUGAUCCAGUAGACUCUGGGUGUUUGGUUCUGUCAGAGCACUUAAUUUUAAUUAAUAGGGGAAACUGCUUGGAUGUGUGUAACUUCACUGUGUGUGUAUGUAUGAACAUGCAUUUCUGCGUUUGUGUGUGUGUGUGAACGAGGGUGUGAAUGAAUGACAGAGUGAGCCUUUAACAAAAGAAUGUUAUUUUUUCAUUUUGUCACAACCAUUAUGGCUAGUGCUUGAAGUAGUUUCUUAAAGGGAUGGAAUAUCUACGUAGUCUAACAGUAUGUCUCUAGGAUGGGAGAUUGUUUCAAAAACUGAAAAAGAAGCAGAUCAUUACAGACAAAUAAGUGGCUCUUUGACUCUGUAGCUAGCCUGACAUGCCAACUGUGCCUAUUUCAACAGACAAUGCCAUACAAGGCAACCUGGAUCUCAGCAGAGAGCACUGCCCCUACUGGUCGUGAAAAGAACUGCCACAAAAUGUGGAUUCCUAGAUCUGUACCCUUUGAGUGACUGUCACUUAGAAGUGAAAUAAAUCAAAGAGGAUCCUGAAUCGACCUUCCAAGCUCAAACUGCUUAAUAACUCCAGUAAUACUUAGUAUUGCUUGAUAAUGGACAAAACCAUGCUUGGAAGCAGCUUGUUGAAGAGCGGUUUCUCUCACUCCACCUGGUGUUGUCUCCUAUGGCCUAGUCUGUUCUGUUUGCCUUCAGUGAAGUAACAACUGCCCACUUUGAGCCAUGUUCCUUAACCCUAGGGUUGCCCCAGCUCAAAGCAAACGUGGGGUUUCUCUGAUUGAUUAACCAAUAUCACACACACGUCUAUGUACUGGUGCUUGGAGAAAGGUGCAUAUCAUUUAGCCUGUAAAACAAUUUGAAUAGUUUCCAUGUAGCCCUUUAGAGUCCGCCUCGUUAUUUGAAUACAGGACAGUCAAAAAAGCUAACUUGUCCUCCGUCCCCCCUUCAGCUUGCACACUCCACAGUUGUUAUCUUUUAUCAUUUUGACAACUAGUGUGUUUUGACGACUACAACCAAACAUGACUUGCGUUUGGAAAACAAACAGCCAGCAGUUUCCUUUCUAUGAAGAGGCAUGUUUCAAAACACAAUGGCACCUCAGACCUACAGGGUGGUUAUUCUUUUUUAAUAUUUUCUUUUGUGUGGUUUUUACAUCUGUGUGUGAGACACAGUGCCUUCCUCCAUGCAAACCCAUCUGAACAAUGACGUGGAAGCUCGCUGAGGCAGGCUCCCUGAGGCAGGCUCCCUGAGGCAGGCUCCCUGAGGCAGGCUCGCUGAGGUAGGCUCCCUGAGGCAGGCUCCCUGAGGCAGGCUCGCUGAGGCAGGCUCGCUGAGGCAGGCUCGCUGAGGCAGGCUCGCUGAGGCAGGCUCGCUGAGGCAGGCUCGCUGAGGCAGGCUCCCUGAGGCAGGCUCGCUGAGGUAGGCUCCCUGAGCAGGCUCCCUGAGGCAGGCUCGCUGAGGCAGGCUCCCUGAUCAGCCAGGUGCCGUCUCCCCUGGACGUCUGGAAGUCUAGUUUGGAUGUAGACAAGCAUAGCUCUGUCUUUGAAACGGUCUUCCAGACACAUUAUGAAUUCCGUUAGUAUCCUUCCCUGCCUCCCAGGGUCAUGAGGACAAGAGCGAUCAGAGAGGCGUGAAGGGCUGUUAAUCACCUCUCUCUUCUCUUUCUUUAUCAUUCAAUAAGCUAUGAGAUAUUGCUUUUACAAGUGACUGCCAAUGUUUAUAAUUGCCAGAAAGUGUAAGCCAAGGAUUCUAGAAUUCAGAGGCAUAUUAUGAUAGGGCUGUGUACACUGCAGUGGCUGUCAGUCUGUCCGUCUGUCGCUCCUCACAACAGCUGGAGGAGUUGUUACCACGAUCCACGCUCACUCUCAAAGCUCACAAGCAGAGAGGACUUCAGACCUUCAACCAUGUCAGGGUUUCUACAGCAGUCUGUUGCCACAGGGCAGUGAGGUGUGUUGCCACAGAGCAGAGUGAGUUGGCAGUUAUUACAAAGGAAAUCAUGUAGCAGAGAUGUUUCUCACCAGUAUGUUAAACUGUAACACUAACUAAUAUGGUGAAAACAUUUAGAAGCUCUUAACCUUUUCUAGAGAAAAUUAGUUCACAUCAUACAUUUACUAGUCCAAAUAUCCAAACUAUCUUCGGACAUAGGUGGACAUGAAACCUUGACCAAACUUAGUAUCAGGGACCUUAGCCAAUUCAGCUUGCCUCCCCCCCAUCCCCCCCCCCCAAUCCCAUCCCCCCCAUCCCCACACCCCCCCAUCCCCACACCCCUUCCCACCCCACUCUGAAAGAAGCAGCUUGCACUUAAAUGAGUUCUUACUGACAUACACAAUGCCCUGUGAUUGUGCCGCUCGGGUAAUAAACAUAAAACAUAUAAAAAACAUAAACAAAAAUAAACGUUUUUAUUGUGCAAUCAGGAGCAAGGCCUUAAGAAGGUGCUUCUGGCUAACUUUGACAGGGGCUGUAGAGCCCAUGCCUGGGACCUCAGCAACAACCAAGCAGAAAAAAUCAAAACAACAGCAAGACAAACAGUAAACGCUACAACAACGACUCACAUUUGUUCUCACAGGUUCCUGCACAGAGAGAGAGGGAGAGAUGGGAGAGUGCCAUGGGCAGUGGUCACACUGAGGGCUUAGCCACACCCCCCAAUCAUGGGGUCACCUAUCACCAAUAGUAGCUACAGCGUAGACAGACAGUUGCUAGGACACAUGGGAAUCUGAAGAAAAUGACAUCCUUUUCAGCAGCUAUCUCAGUCAGAGGGGUUUUGAGGCUCUAAAAUGUAGAAGAUUGAAUUAAGUUUUGAAAGUGUUGCUUAGAUAUCUGAACAAAAGGAUUUCUAAGAGAUGAACUGUCAGUUUUAGAUCCUUUCUGCUUCGAACUCUGUAGGAUGUUUAGUUUAAUGACAUUUGUUGGGAUCUGGUAUCGAUCGAUGCCUGGGUUUCCUGACUGUAUUGCAUCACUGUAUGACAUGAGCUUGCCAUGUUGGAAAGCUUGAAAAUGAAACCUUUCUUUUCAAAGCUUGAUUGACAUAUGUUUUUGCUAACAGGGACUUCUUCAGAUUCCUGGUCUCUGUACUUGGUUAGAAUUCAUAAUCACUACUCAUACUAAACUAGUUCAGUAACUACAGUUUUUUUUCUGAAUGCAUAACAAUUUUCUGGAUAAAUCAAGACAAGACGGUUUGUCUUAGCCCCUGAUGUUGACCAGCUUGAGACCUUUUCAUGGCAGGAGGAGAGAAUACACAAUGGUCAGCAUUUGGAACUCUUCAUGAAAUCAGUUUUUAAAAAAAGAUACAAAUCUCAAAUUAUUAAGUGAAUAUCACUGUGUAAUAUUUAUUCAACUUGUAAUUUAUGUACUCUUUUAACCUUUGUCUUUUUUGUUAUGACAAAGCAUUUAUUUAAAUAAAGUUAUGUAUUCAUUUAA